AACCUCGAGAUAUUAUUCAUCAAUUGAGUUAUAAUAAGCCUGCUUUUAGACGAUCAAACCUUUUACGACGUACACGUCGUUAAAUAAGUAAUCGGAAUGUCUCUAUUAAUCUAACGCAAGAGGAACGUGCAAAAGUAAAUGAAUGGAGGUUCGCGCUGCACAAUUACCACCUCAAAUUCGACCAGUAGACUUGAAUCGCGCUACUUUUGCAAUAGCGCAAUAGCCUACCAAUAUCGUCGCUGCGUUUAUAUCGGUUCAUUGUCUGUCGUAUACCAGCAUUGCAAUGCAUUCAAGUUUCAAUCGGAAACCCCCGGCAUAUGCUGCGCUGGUGGAAAGACUCAUUGGUUCACUCAUAUGAUUCAAUACCCAUUGAUGUUCUGGAGAGGAUGGAUAUCACUUGAAAAUAAAGAUGGUCAAUGCAACGACAGGAGAAGAUACGAAUAUGAAGGUCAGUGCAAAGUAUUUGUAGGCGUAUCGAUUGAUGAUUUGCCAAGCGGUUGACAAUUAUCUGUUGAGAUAUCGCCGGUUGUUUCAACAGUACUGCGUCGAAUUGUACGUAAAGGUCGAAACGAAGCGGUUCAAUUUAAGUCGUUUUAAUUUGUCGAAGUUACGAUCAGAAGAGUACAUCCACUUGCGUGACGCCAUCGCUACUGACGGAAACGGCGCCAACAGAGGCUGUUUGAUCAUUCUCCCAUCUACGUAUGUUGGAAGCCCGCGCCACAUGCAUUAGUACGCUCCAGAUGCGGAAUUACGGACGUCCGGAUUUAUUCAUCACGUUAACUUGCAAUCCGAAAUGGUCCGAAAGGAAAGGAUGUCUAUACUGUCCGCUUUUGUUGAAAACGUUCUCAAACCACUGCAAUGUUGAGUACUGCAACUCCAUCAAAUCCAUCAAAUACGUUUGCAAAUAUGUCGACAAAGGGAGGACAUGGCGGUGUUUGGCAUUGCCGGUCCAAAUGCAAACGACGAGGUGACGAAAUUUCAUCUUGGACGUUAUGUGAGUUGUAACGAAGCAAUCUGGCUGCUGUUUUCAUUCCCAAACUAUGAACGUCACCCGACUGUCGUGCAUUUGGCAGUUCACUUGGAGAACGGAGAGCGUGUGUAGUUUACGGACGCAAAUGCAGCGCAAAGAGCAGAACGAUCACCAUCGACUACAUUAAAAAAUUUAUUUUCGACAUGUGAGCGCGAUCUGUUUGCAAGGAGUUUACUCUAUUAGGAAAUGUCACGCUAUUACACAUAAACGCUGCAUCAAAGAAGUUUUAACGCCGGAAGAGAGGUGACGCUGUUGCUGGCUUCGCUGAUGUCCUUUCGACUAAUGCCCUCGGAUGAAUAUACACAGUGCAUCCACGCCAAGACGAAUGCUUAUAUCAUUGCUUGCUCUUGUUGAACAUUGGAGGCCCUACAUCCUUCGCUUCCUUGCGUACUUUAUAACCAGAAUAAAGAAAUUAAUUUUCCCUCGCUUCCCCCACCUCCUCCAGUGCGAGACGUUCUCUUUUUCGCUCGCACACACUCUAACCUGUGCACUACAUUUUAGAUAUUUAAUCGACAUA